AUACCAAUAAUAUAAACUCCUAUAUAUACUUAACACUUAACACUUUAAGAAAACCAAGAGCCGUAAAACAUGGUACUAAAUCCUUCCAGCUUCUGGACUCAAGCAAACGCGCUUUUCAGAAAGAGCUUAACCUUCCAGAAACGGAACGUGAAGACCAACGUUCGACUAAUUCUAUUCCCAUUGAUUCUUUGCGUUUUAUUGGCUCUUCUUCAACAUUUCAUCGAUACUCAAUUGAAUACACCUGACUUCAAAUGCGGUUGCGUAUGUCCCAAUCAGAGAGAAACCUGUGAUGAUUCAGAGAAGCUUUGUGGGAUUCAAUAUUCCGAUGAAACUCAAGCUACUUUCUGUAAAAUCCCUAAUCCACCUGAAUGGCCUCCUCUCUUGCAACUUCAAUACGUGUACUGCAAGGAAAACCAGUCUUGUCCUUUUAACAUGCUUUUUACAGCGGAAAAUCGGUCCUUUGCACAGAUUGUGUCUGACAAUAUGUUCCCAAGUGCACUCACUGUGAAUUCCUCUGAUAUCAUGGCUAGUUUGGCAUCAAAUGUGCUGGGAUCUGAAUCAUCGGCUGGGACCGACAGUUUUCUUGAUUCUGGUUUCACUUCGGCUCUUCCAGUUUAUUAUCUACAAACUCAGUGCCCUCAGAACAACUCUGGAUUCUCAUUUCCCUACCAGAUAGAAGGCAUAAAUUUCGAGCAAGACAUCAGAUGUGGUCAGGGUAUAAACUUUUGGCGUAACAGUUCUGAUGAUAUCAACAAUGAGUUAUAUCAAAUUUAUGAAAGAAAUAACUCCGAAGGAAGGAUCAAUGAGAUAUUUUCAGCUGUUGAUUUUCUAAAUUCAAAUGACGAUGUAUUUGAUGUCACUGUAUGGUACAUGCCAACCAGCAUCUGGGCUGAAAAUAAAUUGUCGAGAGUUCCUCGUUCUGUAAAUCUGAUAUCAAAUGCCUACUUGCAGUUUCUGCAUGGACCUGGUACCAAAAUGUUAUUUGAGUUUGUAAAGGAAAUGCCAAAAUCUGAGACUGCGUAUAGGCUCGAGAUAGCUUCUCUCCUGGGCGGUCUGUUCUUUACAUGGGUCAUCCUUCAACUCUUUCCGGUUGUUCUGACAUCACUGGUUUAUGAGAAGCAACACAAAUUAAGAAUCAUGAUGAAGAUGCACGGUCUUGGUGAUGGGCCAUAUUGGAUGAUUACAUAUGGUUAUUUUCUUGUAUUAUCAGUGAUCUACAUGUUGUGCUUUGUGAUAUUCGGCUCAGUCUUGGGAUUAAAAUUCUUCACCAUGAAUGACUACAGGAUCCAAUUCGUGUUUUAUUUCAUCUAUAUAAACUUACAAAUAUCACUGGCAUUUAUGUUGUCUUCUGUUUUUUCAAAUGUUAAGACUGCUACAGUAAGCGCAUAUAUUGGCGUCUUUGGAACCGGGCUAUUAGGCGGAUUUCUUUUCGACUAUUUUCUUCAAGAUUCAUCAUUUCCAAGAAAAUGGAUCAUUUGUAUGGAGUUGUAUCCCGGGUUUGCUUUAUAUCGUGGAUUAUGGGAGUUUGCACAGUCUGCCAUCACAGGCAAUGAUUCGGGGACUGAUGGUAUGCGGUGGCCGGAUCUGAGCGAUAGUACAAAUGGAAUGAAAGAGGUCUUAAUUAUCAUGUUUGUUGAGUGGACAGUAUUUCUUUUUGUUGCUUAUUACAUCGACCAAGUAUUAUCGACAGGAAGUGGAAAAAGUCCUCUUUUCUUCUUAAAAAGAUUUCAGAAAAAACAUCUUUCAUCAUUCAAGAAGCUAAGUAUUCAAAGGCAGGGGUCAAAAGUUUUGGCUCACACGGGGAAACCUGAUGUCAUCCAAGAGAGGGAGAAGGUGGAGCAGCUUCUACUUGAGCCAACCAUUAACCAUGCAAUUGUUUGCGAUGACCUAAAAAAAUUCUAUCCAGGAAGAGAUGGAAAUCCAGGGAAAUUUGCUGUGAAAGAAUUGUUCCUUGCUGUGCCUCGAGGGGAAUGCUUCGGUAUGCUUGGUCCUAAUGGGGCUGGGAAGACUUCUUUUAUCAGCAUGAUGAUUGGUCUUACAAAGCCAACAUCAGGUGCGGCAUAUGUUCAAGGCCUGGACAUAAGAAGUCAUAUGGAUGCAAUAUAUACUAGCAUGGGUGUAUGCCCACAGCAUGACUUGCUGUGGGAAAGCUUGACAGGUAGAGAGCACCUACUUUUUUAUGGAAGACUUAAAAAUCUUAAGGGUUCAGCCUUGACUCAAGCAGUAGAAGAAUCUUUGAAGAAUUUAAACCUUUUCCAUGGAGGGGUUGCUGAUAAAAAAGCUGGAAAAUACAGUGGAGGGAUGAAGAGGAGGCUCAGUGUUGCAAUUUCAUUGAUUGGGGACCCCAAAGUUGUUUAUAUGGAUGAGCCAAGUACUGGAUUAGACCCUGCUUCAAGGAAAUGCCUAUGGAAUGUUAUCAGGCUUGCAAAACGGGAUCGUGCAAUCAUUCUUACCACACAUUCUAUGGAAGAGGCAGAGGCGCUAUGUGAUCGAUUAGGAAUUUUUGUAGAUGGUAGUUUGCAAUGCAUAGGAAAUCCAAAGGAGCUGAAAGGCAGAUAUGGAGGAACCUAUGUGUUCACAAUGACAACAUCUUCAGAUCACGAGAAGGAUGUGGAGAACAUGGUACGACAGCUCACCCCAAAUGCCAACAAGAUAUACCAUCUCUCAGGCACCCAGAAAUUUGAGCUGCCAAAAGAGGAUGUUAAAAUAGCGAAUGUAUUCCAAGCUGUUGAAGUUGCAAAAAGAAACUUCACUGUUUUUGCAUGGGGUUUAGCUGAUACCACAUUAGAAGAUGUCUUCAUUAAGGUAGCACGCCAUGCUCAGGCAUUUGAGACCUUGUCGUAGUUUUUAUUCAUGAAGGUUAAGUAUUAUGUAUACCGUACAACAAGCUGGAGUGAUUUGCCUCCAGAGAAUUUUACCAAUUAAUAUGAAGUACUAUAUUGUUAGUGUGAAUAAGGAGUUGACUUGUCUUCUUAAUUAUAUUUAUUAGUUUGUUCAUAGAAUAAGGAAAACAAAUCAGAAAUUGAUUUGUUCUCAUUAAAUGUAAUUAUUUAGUGUAAUUACCUGUAUAACACUGUAACCUCUAUAUAUACAAGAAAUAACAAUGAGAAAGGCAUCAAGCCAAUAUUCAUGA